AUGAAGUUGUUGCCCUCUCCAUCAUGCUCUUCCUCUUCCUCUUCCUCCUUCUCCACCUCCACUUCUGAUGCUCAUGGCUGCAACCCCAGAGCUGCAUUAGCUACACCGAGCUGUCUUUCGGGAAUUCUCCGCCGAAUUCUCUGCUCCGGUACCCUCCCGACGCACCCCACCGAUCGGAUCACAGACGACACUAGCUCAGUGAAGUCUGAUGAGAAGCUUCUUCAAGUCAAGGAUUUGAAUGUCAAACCCACAUCAUCUGGAAUUGUGGCGAGACUAAUGGGCUUGGAUCCCUUGCCAGAGCUGAAGCAAAAUCAUAAUUCGAUAGCAAGGAGCCAAUCCAUGAACUCUGUGGGGCAUUUCUACAAACACCUGGAAGGCAAACAUCAACGAGUCAGAUCAACACAGUCAUUUCAAGAGACACCCACGUUUCUUGAGCUUGAAAACGAAGAAUACUUCAUCCUUAGCUUUGAAGGAGAAAUCAGAAGUAAAGAAUUCAGAGCAAAACAAAGAAGCCAAAGGAUCAGAAAGACAAAGAAGAAGAGAUUCGAUCCGGAAGAAGCCAAGCAGUUCAUCCUAAUAGAUUUGAAAGAAAACAAGAAAUCAACCAGAAAAGUAGAAUCAGAGUGCAGCUCCGAUGAACUAAGCCCAAUUUCAGUUCUCGACAGUGGUAAAUUCCUCACAGAUCCCGAAGAAUCAGCGCCAUUAUUUUCAGGAAACGCCGCUUCAAAUUCCCCCAUAAACCCUAGAAGGAAAUUAUCACUGGAGCUCGAAAUUCCUCGGAGUCCAUCUCGAAAUGACGAUGAUUUGAUAAUCAACGAAAGUAAAAUCGCGAAGACGAAAGUGGUUGAAUACGAGAUCCAGCGGGAAAGAUUCGAAGAAGAGAUUCGUAAGAUAACAGAGAUGGAUUUGGGCGAAUCGAAUUGGAAAUGCAGCGAAAUUUGCGAAGAACAUGAAGAACUUGAAGCUGGAGGUAUAAUUGAAGGUUUUGAUUGGUAUAUUCUUGAAGGAUUGAUAGAUGAAUUUGUAGAACAAAUGUAUGAUUGA